AUGGCUUCUUCUAUAUCUUUACCACUUGUUUUCUGGCAUAACUUUUCUAAUCCAAAUGUAACAUGCAUCACAACUAGUUUUCCUCAUAUUUAUGCUGGCCAAAAAGAUGGCCAUAUUUGGGUUUAUACUUUAUCUCAAGAUAAUUUACUUCAACAUAAGCUUUUAUUAGUAGGUCAUAAAUCAGCUAUAGUUGCAUUAUGUGUAAUAAAGUCAGAAUCAGAGAAUUCUUUAAAAUCAGAAGAUAUUUUGAUUAGUGCAUCCGAAGAUGGUGAAAUUGCACGUUGGAAUGCUUCUGAUGGACGUUGUCAAGCUGUCAAUCCAAAUGGUUUUUAUGGCAUUCCACGCUUAUUAAAAGUAUUCACUCAGUUUUCGGAUAAACACAUAUUUUGUUGUGGACAAUCAAAUGAAAUUACUAUUUUGCAUACAACUACGUUAGAGGUUGUUAGAGUAUGGGGCGGUCAUUCAAACUGGUUAACAUGCAUAGAUUUCUACGAUCCAGACAUAAAGCGUUCACGAUUAGUAACCGUCACAAUGGAUGGAAAGUUAGACAUUUGGGAUUUUGAUUCAAUAAAGCAUGUCAUUUAUAAAGACAAAUCUAUUACACAAAAGACAAUCACGGAUACUAUUUCUACUAUGGAUCAAUCUGUAUUUGAUCUAAUUGCCAAUAAAUCCAUGCCAGACUUAUGUAUACUGCUAACAAAGAAAACUGUGACUAUAUUAGCUAUGAUAAAAGAUUAUGAAUUUGUACCUCAAUUCUCAAUACCCAUUGAAGACAAAAGAAAUAGUUGGGCUGGUGGAUCGUUUUUUGAACAAGAUCGAUUUGUAUUAUGGACUUCGAAGGGUCAAAUCUAUGAAUAUAGCCUACAUAUAUCUACUGACGAAUCGAAUAAAUCUUCUUAUAGUGCAAAUCUAAUUAAAUCAUAUUCCUUUGAAAAUACAAAUCUAUUACAUAAUGAGAAUACUAUUACAUCUAUUUUAUACGACACCAACCAUCUUUUAGCUAUUACUAUUCUAAAUCAUCCCAUAUCUUCUAGUUAUUCAAUUAUACCUUUAACAUUUGAUAAUCAAAAAGAUCAUUUGUAUUAUUCCCCAAAUACAACAUUUAGAGAUAUUUGGCCCAUAGUAGAUAAAUGUGAUGCUAAAUAUGGAAAUAUUACUGCUACAGCACCAGUAAAUACAAAUCAUUUAGCUAUAGGCUAUGAUUCAGGAACAAUUUGCGUUGUGCCUAUUUCAAUAGCUUUACUUCAUUUAACUGAGCUAUCUGAUUGCAUAUCGGAUCGAGAGGAUGUUCGCGUAUUUGAAAAUGCUCAUUCAGAUUCGGUAACAUGUAUGAUUGUGCCUGAGCGUCCAAGUCAGCAAUAUUUAUUAUCAGGAGGAAAAGAGGGUUCUGUCAAAAUCUGGAAUCUCAUUGACGGUAAAUAUGUUGCCUCUUGCUCUGUGCACUCAACUUCUGUAGAAAUGUUUAUUGAACCUUCUGAACAAAAGGAUACACGCGUCAGAGGAUGUAUUGUAUCUAUUGCUCAGGACAAUUCAAUUGCUUUGAUUUCAGUAGAAUCCAUGAGUUGUCUUUUUAUGUUUCCUGGGAAUCCUUAUCCUUUAACAUCUAUUCAAUGGAGGACAACAGAGGACUAUCUUAUUUUUGGUUAUGCUGAUAAAAGCGCAUUUGUUUGGCAGAUGCAAACAGCUCAUUUAGAUCGCGUAUUACAUGGUAAAAUAGCUUCCGAUAUUUUAAGCGAUAAUCGAUGGCCUAUAAAUUAUAUCACACCUUCAAAUGUUCAGAAAUUAGGUGGUAAUCAACUUUCUACGAAACAAACUGCUACUAUUCGUUCUAUCCUAUCUAAAGAUUAUGGUAUGAUUCACUAUGAUAGAGCAUCUUUAUUGAGUCAAGAAGGACAGCAACAGCAUCAACAGCAACUACAAAAUAGCAAUAUUCAUCCUGUAUUAAAGGCUUCCAUGUCUUCUUCAUCGUUUGAUGCUGUUGUCCCUGAUAUCCUUACUUUUAGACCUGAUAAAGAUGAUCCUCUUGAUACUGCUACACAAACAUCUUCUACUAUACGACAAAAAUAG